UUCUUGGUUUCUUAAUAAAAUUUUGGAUGUCAAUUCUUGGAAGUGUCAGAAGUUGUUGUAUUCAUACUUCAUUAGUUAGCAAAAAGCUUGUUAUUUUUGUAAUUUCGCAUGUUGGAUUAUGUUUUCUUGUAGCUGUUUAUGCUGUAUUAGGUGCAUUUAUGUUUCGAGCAAUUGAAUAUCAAGAAGAACAAAAAUUUCAAGGACAUAUUGCAAAUGAUACUUGGGAAUUAGUACAUCGUCUUUAUGAAUAUAUUGAAAAAAGUGAAGUAAUUAGAGAGGAUGAUUUAAAAAGAGAAGCACAUAAACUUUAUAAAGAAUAUGAACAAAAACUUGUAUUUGCAUUUUCUGGUGCUUUACUUUAUUCCAUUACUGUAUUUACAACUAUUGGUUACGGACAUAUUUGCCCCAAAACUCCAUUGGGACGUGGAUUAACAAUUAUUUACGCAACAUUUGGAAUUCCUUUAAUGCUUUUAUGUUUAGCAAAUAUUGCUGAAAGUUUAGCACAAGUCUUUACCUUUUUAUAUUUUAAAGUCUGUUGUGCCUAUUGUCGUUGGCAAGCAGAAAGACAUAGAGUUAAAUGUCAAUCACUCACAAUUAGAUAUCACCCAAAUGCCCCCGUAAAUGUUCGGAGAGUUCAUUCCGGUCGCGCGGCAACUCGCCGAUUUAAUUCGAUGUUGGCCCGUAAUGCUAGUUUAAGCAUUAGAGGUGGACGUGGAGGAGGAGGUGGAGGGGAUACAAAGAGUAUUAAAUCUUGGAAGUCUUUUCAUACUGAUAAAGGAGGAAUUAGAAAGUCAAGUUUUGGAAGAAUACCAGCCUUACAGCAAGAGGAAUUGUUACUUAAAAAGAAUACCUUUUUACAUGGACGUGUUCAAAAAAGGCAUAUAGCAGUAACUCAUUUAAACGGGGGAGAGCAGCCUUAUUUAAUUGGGGAACAACCUCCUCUACCCCCUUCCUCCCCUUUUGUUGUAAAGAUGCCAUCUUCAAUGAGUUCAUCAAGUUGUUCUUACGAAAGACGAAAACAAAAAAUUGGAGGGCCUAGAAGUGCAGCAACAACUUUUGGAUUAGGAAAAUGUUGUCGUCAAAAAGGUGGAAGUAGUCGAGGAGGAGCAGGAGGAAUAACAGAAGAAGAAGAAGAAUUUGAAGAAUCCGAAGAACUUUUAGUUAAUGACAGAGAAUCUUCAAUAAAACCUUCACGUUCAUUACAACAAGUUCCUCUUUUAAGGAAUCAAUCACUCAGAAUUGGGAAACCAAAUAAAAAAUUUAGUACUCCAGCAAAUGUUGGUUCUUUAAUUCGAAAUAAACGUUUAAAAAAUGGAGAAAAUGAAGAAAAUGUUAACAAACCUUCAACCCCUUUCCCAACUAAUAGACAACAACAAUUACCUAAAAUUAGGGUUAUUAAUAAUGUAAAUAAUAAUGGAGAAUUUAAACAAAAUAAAUUAUCAGCAAUACAAUCAAACGAUGAAGAAGAACUACAAAAUGAUGAAGAUGAAAAAGAGGAAUUAAAAAAGAAAUAUCCUUUAAAUUUAAAGGAAUUGGAAGAGGAGGAAGGUGAAGGGGAAGGGGAAGAAUAUUUAAAUAAUUUAAUUGAAAAUAAUAACAAAAUAAAAAUAAUUAAUAAACAACAACAAAAUAGACCAGAUUCAACAACAAUAACAGAACUUUCUAUUGUUAGAAGUUUAAGUCAAAAAGAGCAAAGUGAAGGUGGGGGGUCUUCAAAUAAAAGACUCGAAAUUAGAUCACUUCGAAGUGAUUCAGAAUCGCUCCGUUCAAGACGUAUCGGUAUCGGGCAAGGAGGGACUAUUCCAAGCAAUCCAAGUAUGGGUGGUGGUGGAAUUCACAGAGAAAAGAUGCCCGUUUCUGUUGGAAUAAUUACUGUAAUUUUAUUUAUUGCUGGGGGUGCUGUUCUUUUUUCAAUUUGGGAGGAUUGGAAUUUUUUUGAUGGAGCUUAUUAUUCUUUUAUAACCCUAAGCACAAUUGGAUUUGGAGAUAUAGUGCCUGGACAGUCAUUGGAUGAAGGCUCCCAAGAAAAAUUAAUUGUUUGUGCUCUUUAUUUACUUUUUGGUAUGGCAUUAAUUGCAAUGUGUUUUAAAUUAAUGCAAGAUGAUGUAGUUCAAAAAGCUAGAUGGUUAGGACAAAAAAUUGGAAUAAUUGGUUAA